AUGCCAGGCUCAGCAUCAGGUCUCUACGUCAACGGCGUCCUCUCUCAUCCGUCAUGGAAUCCGUCCUUCCGCCCGGCCAAACGAGCCCGUACCAACCGGUCCGUCUUUAACUCCACUGACGACUGGGACGAGCUCGUCGCCUCCUCUCAACUCUCCACGGCGUCCGUCUCGACCCGACCUGCCCGACCGCGCGGACUGCAGACUUUGGCAGUAUGCGCCGAGCACGCAGCCGUCCGGAAUUUCAAGCGGCUGUACGAGGAAGGGAAAGUCCGCGUGGAGGGAAAACCGGCCGAGAAGGGCUGGUGGGAGACCGAGUGGGAGGAUAUGCCCGACCAUCUGAGGUUGAGGGUCAGGGAGGGCAUGUAUAAGCGAUAUGGGGGAGUCUUGAAGCUGGAUGUGAUUCGAGAUCUGUUCAUAAUCGCCCCCCACCUUGACUUUCCGGGCGACCUCGUUGCCGCCUUAUCUACCGCUACCACACUCAAAGCCCUACAUCCACCGAAGGAUAUCGCCGUAUCAGUCACGUCGCUCCGCUUGCGACAUUGUCCGCAGAUGACCGACGCCGCAGUCGCUGGUCUUAUCUCAGUCUUACCGAACCUUGAGCUCCUCAACCUCAAAGGCUGCUCCCUUGUCGCGGGCAAGACGGUGGAUGCGCUCGUCAAGCGUUGUCCGAAGCUGAAGGGGUUCAAUUUGAAGCAGACGAAGAUCAGGGAGGCGGAGCUGAAGCUGCUACUGGAUGCGUUCGGAGGCCAGCUUGAGCGGCUCAAAGUGGACGGCGUAACAUCGCGGAAUGUCGAGGAACUCUUCGCACUCUCCACAUACCCGAAAAUCACCCAUCUCUGCAUCCCCGCGUAUUUCUUGGACGGAGCAGGGAAGCGGAACAAGGUUCCCUCGACAGCCCAAUCCGACCGAGACGUCCCAUUCGACUGGGCGCACUUCUCCCAGAUCUUCUCAUCCGUCACCCACCUCUACCCUUUCCACCCCGACAUUCCAGUGAACACCGUCGCGAACCUUGCUCCAGGCACAUUGCAGAAGCUCGCCCUCAACCUGGGCGGAUCACCUGUCCCUGUCGACUUCAUCACCGGCAUCGUCCACUCUCAGACGGCAUCGCUCAAAUCAGUCCACUUGGGCCAUGUCGAGGGUCAACGCGGCCCCGGCAGGGGGUUUGAGGAACUUGGCAUGGCAUUCAAGAAGUGUACGAAGAUGGAGGACUUCCGAUGGGCUUGCGAGGGAAAGAGCGGCCAGGAUAUGCAGCGGUAUUCGGUGGAAGCCUAUGGCGAGGCUAUGGGCGGCCCGUGGCAAUCCACGCUGAAAGUGAGUGCCAUGACACUACCGCUGAUGCUGUUGCAUCUGCACAUCUCCCUUUCCCAAAGAUUCUACCCCAAUGUCCUCAUCAUCGAGCCCUGGGAGGCCGAAGAGGGCGUGGGGAGCUCCUUCGUGCCGCCUCUCGAGUCCCUCUCACUUCCAGGCGCAAGCAUCGAAGGUACGCCCCGGCUUGCCCUGUACAUAGCGAAGUACCGGAACCUCCGUAGUCUCGAUCUCAGCGGUACGGCAAUCACUACGGAAGAGGUCUAUAUGAUUCUCGACGGUUGUCCGCUUUUGAGCCGGAUCGAUCUGACGAGUUGCCGGGGCGUGAGCGUCAGGCUACGGAGGGGAAUAUUCGAGGCGUGGGAGGAGGACCGGAGGGAUAAGAGCGGGGACGUUGCUAUGGAAGCUGAAGGCGAAGGCAGUGGGAGGAGGCCGAAGCGGCGGAGGGGUUAG